AGAAUCAGUUAACAUGGGGUUAAGAAUUAGGUCAUGUGUUUCUGCUCUGAAAGUAAAUUCACGUUUAUUUUCAACAUGCAAGCGUUUAAGUCAAUUCAACGAACCUCUCUCCGGUCACAGUAUGGCAAGAGCAGGAGGCAUUGCAUCAAUGAUGCGACUGCCAGUGCAGGAAACAGCAGAAGGCCUACAUGCAUGUUUUGUUGGAGUACCAUUGGAUAUAGGGACCUCCAAUAGAUCUGGCACCAGAUAUGGACCUAGACAAAUCAGAGCAGAAUCUGCUUUAAUAAGGAAAUGUAACAAUGCAACAGGAGCAUCACCAUUUGAUUCUUUCCAAGUUGCUGAUGUAGGUGAUGUCAACAUAAACUUAUACAAUUUACCCAAAGCAUGUGAGGACAUAAGAAAACAUUUUUUGAAGAUCAUUAAUACAGGAUGUAUCCCUUUAGCUCUUGGUGGAGAUCAUACAAUGACCUAUCCUAUUCUGCAGGCUAUUAAGGAGAAACAUGGACCAGUUGGAAUGGUGCAUAUUGAUGCUCACUCUGAUACAAAUGAUCUUAUGUUGGGGGAAAAGAUAGCCCAUGGUACUCCCUUCAGGCGUGCAAUAGAAGAAGGAUGCUUAGAUGGUAAAAGAGUGAUCCAGAUUGGAUUAAGGGGGAGUGGCUAUAGUACUUCUGAUUAUGAUUGGGCUAAACAACAGGGUUUCCGGUGUGUGCAGGCUCAUGAAUGUUGGCAUAAAUCAUUGACACCACUCAUGGAAGAGGUUCGACAAAUGAUGGGAGAUAAGCCUGUUUAUAUAUCAUUUGAUAUUGAUGGACUGGAUCCCUGUUAUGCUCCAGGAACAGGUACUCCAGAAGUAGGUGGAUUAACUGUUAUACAAGGAUUAGAGAUUCUCAGAGGCUGUAGAGGAUUAAAUGUAAUAGGAGGAGAUUUAGUGGAGGUGUCACCUCCCUAUGAUACAACAGGUACUACAGCUUUGGUUGGAGCUAAUAUGUUGUUUGAAAUGUUAUGUGUUCUGCCAGGUGUUAUAUAUAAGUAGAAAGGUGGAACGAAACCUCAUAUUUAUAUUGCAGUCACCAUUUAUGAUAAUUUUGUGCCAUACAUAUCAGGAACUAUACAUUACAGCUUCCCCUGAACAUGCUUUACCAUAUAUGAUGUACACUUUAUUAUGCUUCAUUAACUUCCCACAUAUUGCUACAUUUGAUAUUGCCUUGUUAUAAUCAGAAAAAAGCAUUUAUUUAGUUUUAAAAAAAAUAUUAUUAUAUUGUUCAUAUUCGACAAGAUUUAUUCAGAAAAUUUUGAUCUCUUAAAAAAAAGAUGAAAUCAAAUCUAAUGUUUUUUUUAGAUAUCAAAUCAAAGAUGUAAGGUAGUACAAUGUACUAUCAUGUAGUCCUAAACCACAAAGUGUUUUCUAUUUUCAUUAAACAUUUCUCAAAAAGAAUGUUAUGGUGACUGCAAUCUCAUAAAAUUUAAGCAAUAAGUGGUUGUAUAUGUUACAGCAGGGUAUUUUAAUUAUAUUUUUUUUAGAAGCUGCCAUUUUCUAGUCUUAUUAAGUAGUUGUGCAACAGUUUUGUAAUAAAUACAUUAGUUAUAAUUUUGUGACUAUAAAGUAUAAAGUGCUCAUAUAAAAUGAAACAGAGAAUAUUUAUUUAUUUACAUAUAUACAUUUUUUAAUACUAUGCAAUUUCUUAAAAAAGUAAACAGUGAAUUGAAGUUAUCUUGGAGAUUCAGUCUCUGACUCUCAGAAUAUUGGUGAAAAGAGUGAAUCAAUUUAACUAAUUUCUAAUUCUAUUUUAGAGAACUGAAUGUUCAGAACUUAAUUCAUUCUAACAAACCUUUUUGUCAAGAUUGUAUGAUAUGUUACUUAUUUUAUACAUGUCACUGAAUUUGUUGAAAACAUAAUGGUAAACAUGCAUUAUUGAAAAUCUUUUUUAGUCAGUCAAUAUAAAUUAUAUGAAGAUGUACAAUUAUAUAUACAAAUGUA